UUUCCUUGCCUGUUGUGUACUGCUGGUUAGUCAGUGUAGCAAGCGCCCCCUCUAGAGGUCAGCUAACAGAACUUGUUGUACAGGUGGAGAAAUGUGUAUAUAUAUAUAUAACUUAUAAAGCCUAUGGCCUUGCUCCGCUACAUCUAAAAUAUUUGCGAAGACCGAUACGCCCUGAGUCGCUCGCUUAGAUGCCAGGGCGAUGGUUUACUCAGUAUUCAUGGAUACAGAGAAAGAAGGCAGUGGCAGAGCAUUCGAGCUCCAAAGUUGAGGAAUGACCUGCCAUGUAAGGGAGGCACCAUCUCUUGCUGCUUUUAAAGCUAGGGCUCUGUUGUCCUGCGUUUUUUUUUGUAGCUGGUAAGAUGUUUUUUCCUACAUCUGUCUGCUGGUCCUGGUUGCGUGGGUCCCGGUUUCUCAAAUGUCAAGCGAAGAAACUGACCUCUGUGCGGAACGUGACUUAUAACCAAGGACAGAGUCCAGAACCGAGGAUAAGAGAGUAUUUCUACUACAUCGACCACCAGGGGCAGCUGUUCCUGGAUGAUUCCAAAGUGAAGAACUUCAUCAGCUGUUUCAAAGAUAAGCAGUUCCUUGUGUUCUUCUUCUCCCGUCUGCGGCGGAACGAGAGUGGCCGCUACCAGGACUCCUUCCCCUUCCUGUCACUGUGCGGACGGGAGCGGAACUUUGUGCGCUGCGAUGACCGGCCAGUGGUGUUCACUCAGCUCCUGGGGGGAGCGGGAGGGGGAGGGGGUCCUGAGCUGCUGUCGUACUGCGGAGGAGCCGAGCGUCUGGUCGUGCCCUUCUGCCCCACUGCCCUCUACAUGCACCCGGGGAAUGGGCGUCUCUACCACCCCUGUGUGGAGCGCAGCGGCUCCGUGGGGUUGGUCCGUUCCGCUCUCGCCAUCGAGCUCAGCCCCCGAUUCGAGUACCGGCCCGGGGAGGAACACAUCGGCCAGCCCACACACUUCAACUGGGCGGGGAGCCGGCACCAGCUGACCAACGAGCUGGCCAGGUUCUUCAGAGAGCCAGGGACACAGCAGGAGGGGCAGGGUGAGAGGGCCAGCUGAAUGUCACCGGACUCCACAGAUAGGACAUGGUAAAAUCAGAGAGUAGGAACAUUCUUUAUCCAAGAACUGGCUCCCGCAGCCCACCCAUGAAUCUCUAAUCCACUGACUACGCUGCACUCGAUUACUAUUCCACUUUCACCAUUUAAAGUGAUUGUAGCUAACAAAAUCAUUCCAUACAUUUUCCUUUGAAACUGCACAUUUGAGACCUGCAGUACAUAGUCAAUGGAAUUGUAUGACAGGUAAUAUUUAUUAUCUUAGCUGUUUGGUACAACCCUUUAACAUGGCAGAUAGAAAAGAAUAUCAUUAAGUGCUGACCAGAGCGGAAACCUCUGAUCCUGAGUGGGGUGAAAAUCAGCUUGUAUCUCACACAACACCCUAUACUACAUGUUUUAAUAAUAUAUAGUUAAAUAAUAAUAAUUAAGAAGUAUACAAUAGCUAAUCUUAAUGUCGCAUCAUUUCCAUGUGAUAUAACUAAAUACAACAACUGGACACUGUUCUCAUUGUUUUCUGUUGUCAGCCGUUCUGUUAUCACUUAAAAGAAAAGAUGACCCUAAUUAACAACACCUGUUCUAAAACCACUGCUUAAUGAGAAACUUACUGAGAAACACUUCAGGCCCUGCUGUCAAAGUGACCUUGUUCAGUCGACUGCAAUGAUUAUUUCAGACACACAGAGGUAAAUAUAAAACGCUUUAAAAAGUUGUAGUGUGAUAGUGAUAAUGGCAUUGCUGUGGAGUGUUUCUCUGUAGUGAAACUCAUUCAUUCAAAUAAUGUCCUCAACCUCCGGUGUUGGGCUUUAUUGACUCAGGAGUUCCAUUAUUAACCUGUAACACGGCACAGCAAUGCUGUUGUCCCUUAAAUAUAUUCCUUGUUCUCUCCGGAAGGGAGAAUUAAAAACAUGAAAAAUUAUAUGAAAACUGUGAAUGUUUUGGGUGCUUGUCAUGCUUUCUCAUUGUGUGUUCUGUGUGAUUAAGGGCAGUAUUGGGAGAUUCAAGAAAGUUAGAAAUAUAUUUGUAACUUUUAGAAAAGGAAAACCCUGAUUCUGGUUUCUCUGCUUGGCUCAAAGGCUCGGGUUUUAGACAUGAAGGACAGGCUGGGGACAAAACAUAAUCUGAAAAUAAAAAUGCUGCUUUAUUUUAUUUGAUGAUCUGUGUAUGGUUCUUGACCAGCCUUUUGGAUUUUGCAGUAAUAGAGGCCAUUGAUGCGAGCCAAGGGCUUUAUGAUGAAUAGAAACCUUGACUAUGGAAUUGGAUUCCCCUGUUCCAGGUAAUUACUUUGCAGUGAUUUCUUAGUGUUAAAAUAUGCAAAAUGUGUUUUUACAGCUUCUGUUCAAACACCUGCACUUAUUAAAGCAUUCUGAAUGAGA